UCCGCCCGCACCCCGAUUUCAGGAGUACAACACAGACAUGGCGAACCACCUUCGCUUCGUUGCGCGGACAGUGAUGGUUCAGGAUGGAAACAUUGAUGCUGCCUAUAAAGCUCUAAACAGGGUGCUAUCGACGGAUGGAAUCAUUGAGACUGUAAAGCGCGGACGCUAUUAUGAGAAGCCCUGCAGACGCAGACAGAGGGAGAACUACGAGAACUGCAAGAGAAUCUACCACACUGACAUGGCCCGCAAGAUCUCCUUUAUAUCCAGGGCAAACAGACAAGACCCAUGGCUCGGGUGUUAGUUACAGAUAACUUUUUACAAGGACAGACCAUAUGUUGUUUUGGAACAAUUCACUGUAACCUGGUAAAGAAAGGAGACCCACGGACUGGAUUAUGGAAACAGCACCACUCUGAUUUUGUCUAAGUUCUGGUCCUGUUGUAGUUCACUGGGAUUCCAUCCUAGUAGAGAAUGUCAGUGUUGGGCUUUUGUUCCUUUUAUGCUCAUCUCUUGCCUGUUUGUGUUACUGUACACAUUGUGUGAAACUGACCACAUCCAGUAUGUUUAUGUCGAUGUCAGGGUACCACCAUUAAAUGUCUCCAUAAUCUUAUCACAAGAUAA